AUGUUAAUUGGACUAUUGAUUAUUUGUUUGUAUGGAGUAGAAGGAAGCAAUGGCAAUCCAAGCAUGAGAUUCAGUCUAAUAAAAUGGAUCAGGGAGUUUUUUAUGUUUGAUGAUGCUGAUGAAAUGAAUAAUGGGAAUAAGCCUGACAAACAAAUGUACAAGAAAUGCUACUGUUUGGAACUGCAUACAAUUUGUAUAUUAGGUAGUGUAAAGAACAGACGAUAUAACCUAGAGAAUAGAAUGGGAGAUGCAUCAGAAUUGUACAAUGAGUUGAUUGAAUUGAUGGAUAGAUGGACUGGUAGUAAAAAGAAGAAAAAUAAAGCACUCAAAGCAUUCUCGAAGAAAGUGGUAGCACAAAACGACUUCAAACACAUUAGACUCAAUCAUCUUGGGAUAAUAUCAAAUAUUCAAUUGUUCAAGAAAUAUUUGGUAUUGCACUACAAUUAUUUGAAAGGUGUCGAUUUGGAGAUGCAGAAAUACAGUAAGCAGCUUAAGAAACUCUACCACAAGGAAUAUGAGGCAUAG